ACUCGGAUAUUUCGACAUAUAUUAAAAAACGCUUGAAGUGAGCGCACGUAUUUUUUUCCUCAACUGGAACAAAAAUAUUGAAAAAGGAAAUUUUCAUUAAGAAUACAUAAGUCAAAAAAAGCUUGCGACGUCGCGUAGUCCAACAUUACAUAUUUACAUAUAUUUUUAUAAACUAGUGGUGUGUGCUAUAGGAAAAGAGCGGAAAUUUUUCUAAAUUUAUAUAAAAUAUAUAUCUAUAUAUAGACAUAUUCGUAUACAUUUUCUUUAAGAGGAAAAGUUAUUGCUAAAAAACAUGAACGGAGCAAACUUAGAUGGCACAGCCGGUGAAGAUGAAAAAUCACGACCUGAGCAAAAAUCUAAGCAAAUUCGUGUGUGGUGUGAUGGUUGUUAUGAUAUGGUUCAUUUCGGUCAUGCAAACUCUUUAAGACAAGCCAAGGCUCUUGGUGAUGAAGUAAUUGUGGGUAUUCAUACAGAUGAAGAGAUUACAAAACAUAAAGGGCCGCCAGUAUUUACAGAAGAAGAACGUGUUAAAAUGGUUAAAGGAAUUAAAUGGGUCGACGAGGUUGUCUUAGGUGCACCUUAUGUAACUACAUUAGAGGUAUUAGAUGAACAUAAUUGUGAUUUUUGCGUGCAUGGAGAUGACAUAACCAUGACCGCUGAAGGAGUGGAUACAUAUCACCUAGUUAAGAAAGCUAAUCGUUACAAGGAAGUAAAACGCACCGCUGGUGUAUCUACGACUGAUUUAGUGGGCCGCAUGCUUUUAUUAACUAAAAAUCAUUUUCGCCAAGGUUCCGCAGAGUAUGCUAUAGAAAAAGAAGGUUCCUCAAAUAUGGGUCAAGAUUCAGCUGCCAAAUCGCCAUGGACUGGUUGCAGUCAAUUCUUGCCGACCACACAGAAAAUUAUUCAAUUUAGUGAUGGCAAAGCACCUAAACCGGGGGAUAAAAUUGUAUAUGUUGCUGGCGCUUUCGAUUUAUUCCAUGUCGGACAUUUGGACUUCCUGGAGAAAGCUCGACAAUUGGGCGAUUAUUUAAUUGUUGGUCUGCACACAGAUCCAGUUGUCAACUCAUACAAAGGCAGUAAUUACCCCAUAAUGAAUUUACAUGAACGGGUUCUAAGUGUAUUGGCCUGCAAGUACGUUAAUGAGGUUGUUAUCGGUGCACCGUAUUGCGUUACCGAUGAACUCUUGGAUCAUUUCAAAGUCGAUGUAGUCUGUCAUGGCCAGACGCAAAUCACUUUAGAGGAUGGAAAAAUUGAUCCUUAUGCGUUGCCGAAGACUAGAGGUACGUUCACAUUAAUCGAUUCAAGCAACAGCAUGACCACGGAGCGUAUUGUGGAGCGUAUUAUAUCACAUCGUCUCGAUUAUGAGCAACGUAAUAAAGCCAAAGAAAAGAAAGAAAUCGAAGUUUACGAAGCACUGCAACGUGCUAAAAUAACACAAAAAGCUGGCUAAUAUGCAAUUGUCAGUGUGGAUAAAUCGGUACCUGACGACGAAAACAACUCGAGU